GACAGAGCAAGCUCUCUGCGUGCGCGUAUGCCCUGCUACAGUCUUUACAGACUACAUACACUACCAUACGGUUCUCACUCUCAGAUUGAGUUUGUCGUAGUUGGCUUACUUCUCGAAUAGGUUGCUCUCAGCUAUGGUCGUCGUUGGCGCUGGCCACUAUUGUUGGAGGCAGUAGUGCUGGCCGAGGUAGGAAGAAAUCCACAUCCACCUACAGAUCCGUGAUCUGAGCGCACUCUGACCGGUCUCUGCUGGAUACAUACCUUGCACGUCGUUUGUUUCAUUGUCGUGCUGUUACUAGUGUUAGUGCGAAGGGCAGGCAUCACCUGGAAAUCAAGAGGCUUUGUUGUUGCACUGCUUUGAUAAAUUUCGCACAAUGGUUUGCUUGAAGUCAGCACUAGGGCACCAGCAUUCUUCAGCCAUGGUGUCUCGUUCCUCACAUGGGACACUCUUCAUCAGCGUUCUCUUGGCGUACAGCUUGCUGUUGUUGAGUCCGCGUGCGGAGGCCACCCUGAUCUGGUCGCAAUGGUCGACUUUCAGUGCUUGUCCUAGUAUUAGUGACUGCGGUAUCCAGCCGAUGCAGAACAGAUCGAGGACGUGCGUGGACGCGACCAUUCCCGACUCGGCUGGUGGUGGCUGUGUGGGCAAUGCUAGCGAGCAGCGUCCUUGUGGCACACUCAUACCCUGCUCAGGCUAUUGGAGUCCCUGGACGAACUGGACGGAGUGCAUGGACAUCUGCGAUAGCGGGGAGGAGAAGAGAUUCCGCGAGUGUCUCAGCGACAACAGCACCGUCGUGUUUCCCGAGUGCGUCGGCGGCGGCCCCUACGUGGAGACUCGGUCGUGCGGAGUGCCGACGGGGCAAGCGGCCAACACGGAGGUGCAGCUCUUUCGGCUGCCAGCGCAGGCUUUCGUCGGUGGCGUGUCCGUGCUGAUCUGCUGCCUGGAGGCGGCCAGCGGCAGCACUCUGGAACGCUUCUUCUUCAACCAGCAGCAGCUGGUGAAUCGCAGCGGCCUGUACAUCUCCAGCUCUCUGCUGCGCUUCGACGCCGUCUUCACCACGCUGCAGGCCACCGACUCGGGGCUGUACGGCUGCCAGGCGAUGGAUCGACUGAUCUCCGUUCGCAACAUUGUCCUCACAGUGAAUGAUCGGCCUACGACGGCAACGACAGAGACCCCGACAACAACAGCAGUGACGACAGAUGCACCGGAACCACCUUCUAGUCCAACAGUCAGCACUACAACGAUGGAAAUUGCUGCAACUACUCAAGGAAGAGUAGGAGGUGACGGUUCAGGCGAUGACGGAGGUACAAGCGACACUGUAUGGAUAGCAGUGUUUGUUCCUAUUGGAAUCAUCCUGAUUGUGGUGGUAGUAAUCGUCUUUGCCGUUUUAUGGCAUAAGCGAAGUCAUCAAGUGCUAGUGGGUAGAAGGAGCAUAAGCGGUGAGGACUCGGUGCAGAAGAUCGAGGUUAUCACGGCACGGCGAGUGUCACUGACCAAGACCAAAGAGCACAGUCAAGCACCCACCGAUCGGCCGCAGUCUGGAUCAUUUGAACCUGGAUGGAAACCCACAGAUGUCUAACCUGUUGAUUUCAAGUCAAGAAAGACCUAAGAGAGCCAUGUGUAUCUUGAGACUACUACUCCAUUAAGCCGUUUGGCUCAGCGAUCCGACUCGAGAGUUUCUCAACUCUGAUUGUGGGGACUGAGCAUGGAUGUGAUGAUUUCCACAGCCUCCGCUCAUCCCUGGUGAGCCAGACGCAGUGCCAACGUCCGCUUGUGUUCUGAAGCUGACAACUACUCGAUUCUUCUCCUGCGGAUACCGUAUGAUAUGAACUAUCUCGCACACACAUGCGUGUGUGUGUGUGUACAUGUGUGUGUGUACGCAUGUGUGUGUAUGUGUGUGUGUGUGUAUGUGCGUGUGUGUGUGUGUGUGUGUUUGUGUGAACUGUACGAACGGUGAAGAAGAUACUGAAGUAAAUUCCAGUGCUCUAGGCGCACAGUCUGAGUCGAGUAUGCAGACUGCGACAUUUUAUUUAUACAAAAAUCCGGACCAAAAAAAGACCGCUUCCCAUCCCCCGACAGCUUUUGAAUAACGGAUACUGAAGUAGCCACCUGUGUCUAUCGGACUAUCUCCUCUUGCAUCAAACGUAUCUGUAUAUUGCUCAACAUAUUCCAGACUGGGCUUUUCUUGUUUUUGGUGCAAAUUCCGUGCAUGCCGGUGUGUAUAUGUGUGUGUAUAUGCGUUUGAGUGGACAAUGCGUAUGUGUGCGAACGUGAGCCCGCGAGUGUAUGCGUGAGUUUUUGCGCGUGUGUUUGCGCGUGUGUUUGCGAACGCACGGGAUCAUGACCGGCAUACCGCGUCCGUUGUCUCUGCGCGUUUUGCAGGUUCAUCGGGAGUGGUUAACCUUAAACCGGUUCUCCCCCUGUUGUGUGUUCGCAUGGUGAAAAUUUAAAAUCUUCUGAAAAGUGAUCCGAAUAUGGUUGCAAUGUUUAACUCUUUGCUUUGCUUUUCGCUAUAUUUUUAAAGUAAUUUCUUAACAUCUUCCCAAGUGGUUAACUCCAAGCCUAAGCCAUCAUGUUUCUGCACAUAUCAUGUUGCUGCACGUUUUAUUGAACACUUGAAUAGUCGACAUCACCUCACACUAACCCGAAUGCAUCACAAAGCCAAAGAUUAUCUCUAGACUCUGCUGAAGUUGA